GUCGGCCAUGUAUUCUUUCCUCUUCAUUGAUUGAUUGAUCGAUUGAUUGAUUGAUUGAUUGGUUUCAUGUGGUUGAUUGAUUGAUUGAUUGAUUGAUUGAUUGAUUGAUUUUGGUUGAUUGAUUGAUUGAUGGAUAGUGCGCGCAGAACAAGCCAACCAGCUGUCAAACGAAUGCUGCAGUCUGUGAUUACGACGAGGGCGUGGACAUAUACUGCGCAACGUGGCUGGUGACGUGGCAUGCGCAUUUUUUUUCCGUCGCUUGUCAGACCGCCACCGCAUCUUGGCAUAAACACGACAAGCCACGUGCCACGUGGCAUAAACACGAUGGCCACAGCUAGCUCGGCGAUGGUGAGGGUCAGGGGAGGGUUGCCACCUGCAACGACUCGAUCUUCGUCGUCGUCGUGUUCUUCCGCAAGGGGGCUAACAUCACUUGCCCGGUGCAUUUCUUCUUCGUUCCCCCGACCUUAUUCUUCCUCCUCUUCCUCCUCCUCUUCUUCUUCUUCUUCUUGUCCCUCUCCUUCUUCGUUCUCCUCUUCGCGUUCCUCUCCCCCUCCAUCCUCCCCCGCUACCUCCCCUUCCUCCCUCUCCUCUUCCUCCACGUGCUCAUGCUCCUCGUCGUCCACGUGGCAAUGGAAGUCGAUGAUGACGUCAUCAAGGUCCGUCCAUCCGGUCAAUGCGCAAUUCGACUGCGCGGGAAAACGCGUACCCAGCGCGGAAACCCCCGGGGGGCUCAGAUGGCAAAUGCAAAUGCAAUUGCACGUGCAUCCACGUGGCAUUUUGGCGGGAACGCCUCGGGGCGAUGCUGGUGCUCCUCCUCCGCCUCCUCCAGAGGCUGCUGAUAGGUCGUUGUCGUCAUCGCGCCGAGAGAGUCCUGCCAGCAGCAGGCUAGGGGGGAGGAUGAGCUCUUGCGGGCCGGGAACGAGGUCUUCGGCGGGGUCGGAAUCCCGACGAGGCUAUUGGUGGGGAGGAAGUGGGGCGCGCGAUGAUGGCAGAGCGCGCGCUAGCCCGGUGUCUGUCGUCUCGUCCGACGUGGCAGAGGAGGUGGUGCUUCCCAUGGAUCGGGAUCGCGAUCAACUGGACCGACCGAACCUCAACCAACGACCAGCAGCAGCAGCAGCAGCAGCAGCCGCCGAUGUGGAAGAGAGACAUACCAUAACGUCGUCAGUUGCGCAGGGCGAGGUGAUAAGCGCAAGAGGGGGAGGAGGUAUAAGGCAGGAGGAGGAGGAGGAGGAGGAGGAGGAGGAGAGGGAGAUGGGAGUAGCCGAUCGGACGGUUGUCGUUUCUCCUGGCUUGAAUCUUUUGGCGGGAAUGAAUGUUGUUAAGUCCCCUGUGACGAACGUGUUGCUGGCGGGAGGCACGCACUCACGAAUCAAGUCCGCUGUUUUCGUGAAGAGCAGCGCGGGAGUGAAGGAUUGCCCGCAGACAGAGAAGGUGCCAGAAUUUGCGGUGAUUGGAAGAUCCAACGUUGGAAAAUCGUCGCUGAUCAACAUGCUGACGAAUCGAAAAGAUCUAGCGGAGGUGUCUAAAAAACCAGGCAAGACACGGUUAAUUAAUCAUUUCUUGAUUAACGACAGCUGGCAUCUCGUCGAUCUCCCGGGUUACGGGUUUGCCAAGGUCCCUUCGGGAAUUCGUCUGAACUGGAGUGACUUCACAAAGGAGUAUUUUCUGCAGAGGAAGCAGUUGGUUGCAGUGUUGCUACUAGUUGAUGCCAGCAUUCCACCACAACAGAUAGACUUGGAUUGUCUUGACUGGAUGGGAAGAAACAAGAUCCCGCUGGUGAUUGUCUUCACAAAGUGUGAUCGCAAGAAGAAGAAGAAGAAUGGUGGCGUGAAGCCUGCUGAGAAUGUCAAGCACUUUGAGCAAAGAGUAUCCGAGUACUAUUCUGAUCCCCCUGCAUGGUUCAUGACGAGCGCGGUUAGCGGUAUUGGAAAAGCAGAGCUUCUGACUCAUGUUGCUCAGCUAAGGAAUUACUGGCUGAGUGAUUCUUGACAUUUUGUUACUGGCUGGGAGGUUCAAAUUUCAAAAUAAAUAAAAUCUUCCACUAUUUCACUAUUCUUCUUCUUCUUCUUCUUCUUCUUCUUCUUCUUCUUCUUCGUCUUCUUCGUCGUCGUCUUCGUCACGGUCGUCGUCGUCGUCGUGACCGUUGCCGUUGCCGUUGCCGUCGCCGUCGCCGUCGUCGUUGUCGUUGUCGUUGUCGUCAUCGUCGCCGUUGUCGUCGUUGUGGUCUUCGUCUUCGUCUUCGUCUCCGUGUUUUUCUUCUUCGCUCCUCUUCUUCUUCUUCUUCUUCUUCUUCUUCUUCUUCUCAGUUUGGACUGUACCUGUAAAUGCUUCAACUGUGGACUUUCGGUAAGUGCUUGAAAGCUUAGGACUUGAGGACUUGGGCUCAAAGUACAUUGUACUUUGUACUCAGGUUAUCUGGAUCCAAAAUCCUUUGGGCUUGAGUUUUUUUUUUUUAAGUGGACUUUGGACUCAAGUAUUACUUGGAGCCAAAGUAGACUUUCGAUCAAAGUAUAAUGACCUUUGAAGUUUGAACUCUCCAGUAUCUGGAAUCGGGAUGUAAAAUACUCUGGGCUUGAGAAUUCUCUCGUUUCUUUUUGACAGGACAUUGGACUCAAAGUAGAGUAGCCGGAGCCACAAUAGUUUGGAGGAAGUCUGGACGCAACCACUUUGGCUCAAAGUACGAUGAACGUUGAGCUCGAUUUGUUUUUUGUUUUUGUUGUUGGACUCGAUUAUUAUACUUCAGACUUUGAGUAUUUGGCCCAAAAAGCACACUCUGCUCACUCUGCUGCAGUUUGGAUCGAAGUAUUUGCGCUCAAAAGGUGUCAAGGUACUUUGGACUUUUCACUUUGUUGGAUCCGAAGUAUCUUGUACUCUGUUUUUUUUUUUUCCCCCCCCUCCUCCUUUUCAAUGAAUGAUGUAAUACUUG